AUGUACGCGUCACUUGGGAUAUCGUCAGAGCAGGUGUACGGCGACAUGUACACGGCGUGGCUGCGCGAUACACACGAGAAGAACACACCAGAUGUCAAGCGACUGUAUACGACCACGAUCGAGAACGGAUUCGGUGAUCAGAAAAUCUUGCUGCGCCGCCAGCGGCUCGGCGCUAACUUCAUCAACAGCCUUGCACCACUGCUGCACCAGUGCUCGCUGGUCAAGCUCGACCUCCAUGCCAACGUGUUGCGUGAUGUCGGGUGUGAGCUGCUAGUCCACGUGCUGCGGGAUAUGCCACAGCUGACGCACCUUGACCUAGGGGCGAAUGCCAUCGGCUCCUCCUCGAUUGUGACGGGCAGCAUCAGCGGUGACAGCACGGCUUUUAAGAGCAAAGGCACCGGCGGAAGCAUUCCAACUGGCACCCUCGCCUCUCGCCCAGGUGGAGCGGUGGCCAGCGGCAUCGCGGGUGGUAGUGGUGCUCGCAGCAGCAGCAGCUAUCUCAACGCCAUGCAGGCUCUUGGCAGCGCUAUUGCGCAGCACAAACGUCUGGCGGUGCUCAUCCUCGGCUCUGACAGGGAGGAGGCUUACGUAAAUCAGAUCGAGCCCAUCGGUGCCAUGUUGGUGCUCGAAGGCUGCGUGCUGAGCCGCACACUGAAGCGGCUCGAUCUAAGCGGCAACCCCUUUGCCAUGAACUGCGGUACUCCGUCUGCUGGCGCGGCGUCGGGGUCCGUUUCGCCGACUGGCGGCGCCGCUGCCGUCACCCGCGUCGGUAGUACGUCGACGCCGGAAACGGAUCAGGCUGAAAGAAAGGGUGGCGGCUCGUAUGGGAUGCGUUGUGCCCCGCGCACACCAGUGCAGCUCCUCGCCCUGCUCCUGCGGACGUCUGUGGCGCUCACGCACUUGACGCUGCGAUCGGUGGACCUCACAGACGGUGGGGCGGCGCAGCUCUUUGAGGCCGCCGGGGCCAGCCGCACCCUUCAGCAUCUUGACCUGAGCUCUAACGGUCUCUCUUCUCGUGUGGCUGAGAUGGCCGGCAUGCUGCUGCGACAACGCACCACCGCCGUGAGUGGCGGCGCCUUGGGGUGCACGUUGCAGUCGUUAGUGUUGGCACACAACGACCUGUGGGACAACAGCGCCGCUGCAACGCAGGCGCACCGCGGUAGUUUGGGCAUCGGUGCCCCCACUGCAAACGAGCAGACGAUGUGUGGUGGCAGCCGGCUAGAUGAUCGUGCUCAGGGUACGGCGUCAGUGGCACCGAUGCCAUCGGCUUCGGGGUCCAAGUAUGUCAGCCGCACGCGCGCAUUGCGGGAUGACAUUCAGGACGACACUGGCGUUGUUUUUCAGUUGGAGCAUCACUCACCGCCGACGCUGCCGCCGCGUGACCACUCGUCCGGGCUCGUCCUCCUGCUCGCUCUGGGCCACGAUCGCUUCAUUACACGUCUUAUCCUUGACGACUGUGCGAUGGGCGACACGGUUCUCUCCACCCUCUGUCGGUCGUUACUGACAAACGCGAUGCUCAAAGUGCUCUCGCUGCGGAACAAUCACCUCUCACCCGAUGGCGUCGUUCAGCUCGGCCGCUCCUUGUGCCGCCAUCCUUGUCUGGAGAAGCUCCUCCUGUCUGGCAAUGCGAUCGAGGACGAGGGUGCUUGCGCAAUCACCACGGCCCUUGGCCAGCCUGAUGCAUCGCUGGAAGAACUGGACAUUGCCAAGACGUGGCUGGGCGAUCGUGGACUGAUUGCCAUUGGUGUGGCACUGCAGACGAAUGUCUCACUGCGCGUGCUACACGUCUCGGACAACCACUUUACCCACAACGGUGGUGCCUCCUUCGCAGCGCUGCUGGAGAGCAACAACGUCGUCGUGCGGUGUGAGCUCGGCGCGACGAGUGUGCCGCAUCACAUUCGGCUUCGGGUGGAGCGGACGACGGCACGCAACCGCACCCGGGCCGAAAACGCAGACGCUGACGCGCUCAAGGCGGAGGUCGUCCGUCUCCACUACCAGAAGUAUAAGCUGCUGGAGGCGCACCUGGAGCUGGCGGCACUGCGCGAGAGCAACGUCGAGGUGAAGCGUACUACCGAGAACUUCGACCUGCAGACAAAACAGGAUCAGAGCGACUUGGUGAAGCGCAUUCGCGAGCUCGAGGAGCAAAUCGAGAAUGCGAAGCAGCAGGAGGUGCGGUAUACAGAGCAGAAGGCGAAGCUGGAGGCUGACCUGGCCAAGGCGGAACGAGCCCACGAGGCGGAUAUGAUUUAUAUGGCGGAGCGGCUCGCCGUCGAAGUUGAUCUGCGCGAGAAGGCCGAGGCGGAACUUCAGCAAAGGCAAGAGGAGCUGAAGGGCUGGCAGGAGAACGGGCCAGAGCGGGAGGCGCAGAGGCGGGAGCAGCUUGCGGUGCUGAAGGCGGACCAAGAGGCUUGGUCUUCGCAGCGCAAGGGAUACCGAGAUCGCACGACUGAGCUCCAGCGGGAGGUUGCCGCGCUCGAGGCGGCUGAGUCUAGCAAGACGUCCAAGAAGCGCAAGAAGUCCGUGAAGGUGUGA